UGGUGUGGAACUCUCACGUUUUGGGAGAUAACAUUAGACCUGAACAAUUGAGCCACCGGCACCGUGAUUCGGUGAUCUGAAGUUUUUGAAAUUAGAAAAUGUCAAUAACUGAAGAAUUUCAGUAUAAUAAAUCAAGAUGACAUCAUGCCAUCACAUUGUAAAGAGUGCCCUGAAUGUGGGAGUACUUUCACAAAAAGAAGCUUCAGUAGACAUGUGCAGAAAUAUUUUGACAAUGUCAACAAUUUAUGGAUUCCUCACCGAGUAUCAGACACCAGUUCAAGGACAAUUUUUUCCUCUCCAGUUUCAACUCCUUCUUCGUGUCUCUACAGUAUAUCUGAUGAUGAUUCUGACUCCAAUGACGCAUUUGAGCCUAGCGGUAAUGUGUUUGACAUGUCAGGAAUACACAACCUUGAAGCAGGAACUGAUGAUGAUGAUCUCCCACCUGCAGAAUCCCAAAAUUACCAGCUCUAUGCAGAAGAAAGUGAUGAAAGCUCAGAGGAUGAAAUAUUCCAUGUCAGUGAUGGGGAAGAAGGUCAGGAUGAUGGAGAUGAAAGUAGAGAAGAAGAUUCAGACAAUGGUGAUAGUGGUUCUGACAGUGAGGACAGUGAUCCAGAAGUUUGGGAAGAAGUUUCACCAGAAAGCAUUGACAGUGAAAUGGGCGUUGAUAAAGAUGCUACCAAAACAAACAUAACUGACUUUCUGACAUUUUUUGUUGGAAUGCUUAUUUAUUGGCAGACAGUGCACCAUGUUAGUGACAAUGGGAUGGAUUACCUAUUUCAAAAUAUUUUCACCUUUUUCCAAACCAUUGGAGUGCAAAUUGACAACAGCUACUUCAGAAAUCUUUGUAUGGCAUUUCCACCUAGUCUCUAUAUGGCUCAUAAGUUUUUGAAUUUAGAUAAGGACAAUUUUAAAAGAUAUGUAGUAUGUCCGUCUUGUUUAAAACUGUAUGAUUUGCAUGAGUGUGUGGAGGAAAGGAAUGGUGUGCGAGUGGCAAAAUUGUGCAGUAAUGAAGUAAGGGUGAGAGGCAGGCAAACUGCUCCUUGUAGAGCUCACUUGAUGAAAGAAAUUGUGUGCAAAGGAAAUGUUAGGAAGUUUUAUCCAUUGAAGGUUUAUUGUUACAAUAGUAUUAUUGAAGGGUUAGAAGGCGUAAUGAAGCGUCAAGAAAUUAAGGAAGUUUGGGAGCAUUGGAAAGAUUGGGAUGACAAUGAAGGUGUUUUAAGAGAUGUGUAUGAUGGGAGGGUAUGGAACAAAUUUAAAACUUUUGAAAACAAAUCAUUUUUGUCAGACACUCGCGGAAUUGGUUUAAUGAUGAAUAUUGAUUGGUUCCAGCCUUUUAAGAAUAGGAAUGAUUAUUCUGUAGGUGUAAUUUAUUUUGCAAUUCUAAAUCUUCCAAGGAGCAUUAGGUAUAAAUCAGAAAAUAUAAUUAUAGCAGGUCUGAUACCAGCUUUCCAAAAAGAGCCGAAACUGAACUCAUUUUUAGAACCGAUUGUUAAAGAGUUGAAUUGUCUGUGGAAGGGUGUUAAACUGGAAUCAUCGUUAUCUAGGAUUCAUAUGACUUUUAGGGCUGCUUUGCUCUGUGUCGCUUGUGACAUUCCCGCAGCACGCAAAUGUUGUGGGUUUAAAUCUCAUGCAGCAACUUUAGGCUGUCACAAAUGCUUUAAAACUUUUGGUGGGGGGUUUGGGGAGAAAAGGGACUAUUCCGGCUUUGACAGACAAAAUUGGAAACCAAGAGCAAAAGCAUCUCACAAUCUCUAUGCUAAGAGGGUAAAAAAUGCAAAAACCAAAACCGAGGCAGAUAAUUUAGCUAAGAAAUAUGGAACUUAUUAUAGUGUUUUAAUUGAGCUCGAAUACUUUGAUGCAAUUACUUUUUGUGUUAUAGAUCCCAUGCACAAUCUCUUUUUGGGAACUGCAAAAACUGUUUUUAAAUUAUGGGUGGAAAGAGAAAUUUUAAGUCCAAAACAAUUAGAAAAGGUUGAAAGUAGGUUAGAAGAUGUCAAUUCUGCAACCGACAUAGGUAGGAUUCCAAAUCAUAUCUCUGGCAAUUAUGGGGUUUUUUCAGCGGCGGAAUGGAAAAACUGGACUGUGUCAUUUUCAUUGUAUGCUUUAUGUGGAAUAUUACCACAGGAAGAUUACAGGUGCUGGGAAAAGUUUGUGUUAGCUUGUAGGAUCUUAUGCAAACCAUUUAUUUCAGUAGAAGAUGUUAGUAAAGUGGACUCGUUGCUACUAAAUUUUUGCAAGUCCUUUGAAAGAUUAUAUGGUUUGAGUAGCAUAACUUGCAAUAUGCAUUUGCAUUGCCAUCUCAAGGAAUGUUUACUAGACUAUGGUCCGAUACAUGUUUUUUGGUGCUUUUCAUUUGAAAGGUUUAAUGGGGCAUUUGGAAAGCUGCACACAAACAAUAAGAGCAUUGAAAUUCAGUUCAUGCGGAAAAUCAUGACUUCCAAGUUUUGUGAAACUUUGAAAGAAACACUGGCCUCCUCAAAUCUGUUUGAAUUAUUAGGUGGUUUCUUUGAAAUGGAUAAGGCUAAAUCUUUAGUAAACAAUGCAAUGGGAGAUAUAGUCAAAGUUUUGAAAAUGGCAUGUGCAGAGAGUGUAAACUUUUUAGAUUUAGUCAGUAAAUCCUAUGUCUCCUUACCAAAAGUUUACAAAUUUGCCAUGUUGAAUGAUGAAGAUCGUGUUCUUUUACUGGCUUCAUAUCGUAAAAUGUAUCCAUCUCUCAUUUUUGAUGUGUGUAAUCUUGGGGAAGUAAUCAAAAAGUACAAUUUUGUAACAAUUUUUGGGGAAAAAUUUGGGUCAAAAUCUGAUUGUCGUAAGUUACGAUCUGCCAAUGUUAUGGCAAGCAAACUCUUUGAUGAUGAUUUUUGUGAACCUGACUUUGAUAUGCGGCCAUGUAGAGUGGAUUUCUAUUUUGAACAUACUCUCUCAGUUGAAAAUAGAGAUGUAACAAAUGUCUUUGCCAAGGUUACCUGGUAUAAAGAAUACUCUGAGAGAUUUAAGUAUGGAAAUGCCCUAGAGAUGUGGUUUUCAAACAAAUUCGAAAACAGUAGUGCAUCCUGUUUUAUUCCGGUAGAGAGAAUUAAGUGCAGGUUCUCCAGGGGAAUUACAGGUUACAGCAAGGACCUCAUGUGUUUGUGUCCUCUACCUCGAAAGAUAGUUAAUGACAAUUAGUACAUUUAAUGUAUGAAUUUGAAAAUGACGGACUACUUUUUUAAGAGUUAGAUCGGGAGCAUGUAUAUGUAAAGAUUUUACUGUUGACUGUUUAAAAGGAUUCAAUAUUAUUUGUAUUUUAUGUCCUUUUUCUUGAUCUUGGCCCCUUGUAGGGUCACUGUACAAUGUUGCCAUUGGACAGAAUGUUCAAGAAAAUAUAUUUUUGUACAUCACAAAUUGCUGGUACUUGAGUAAAUCAAUGAAUAUAUAUUUCAUUGUGAUCAUGAUUAAAAUCACUUGCAACACAAUCCAUAGCUUUUUUAAUGUGGAGAAACAAAAGAUUUAUUUAUUUAUUUAUUUCACUUUCUUGUCCUUGCCUCCCUGUUGAGGCACUGCUCCAAUCAUUUUUGAAAUGGAGCAGAAUGUUCAAGAAAGUGAUUUUUUUUGUGUGUGAUUUAUCAAAUGAUUAUAUUUAUUUCCAAUGGCAUUUCAUUUAAAUGUUGGUACUUGAGAAAAUUACUAAUAUAAUGUAAAUUUCAUUGUGACCAUGAUUGAAAUGCAGCAUAAUCCAUAGCUUGUCAAAUAUGGAGAAAUGAUAGUUAUUAUUUAUGUAUUAUUUAUUUAUUUAUUUAUUUCACUUUCUUGUCCUUGCCUCCCUGUUGAGGCACUGCUCCAAUCAUUUUUAAAAUGGAGCAGAAUGUUCAAGAAAGUGAUUUUUUUGUGUGUGGUUUAUCAAAUGAUAAUAUUCAUUUCUAAUGGUUUAUCAUUUAGUGAAACAUUGGUUGUCAAUGAACAUAUAUGUUGCUGAACUUGUAUCAAUAAAAUAACAUAGAUAUAAAUGAGAGUGCGAGAGAGGGGGAGAGAGAGAG